AUGUCAUCCCACGAUGCUCGCUCCAUGCGACAAUCCAAGCGGAUGUCGGUCACGGCUCUGUACCUGUCAAUGUCCGCAAAGGACAAGGAUCUGGAGAUAUCAGACGAUCUAGCUAAAGCGCAAAAGGCCUUGCGAGAGUUGAAGUUGAAGAUAUCUUCACAGUCCAAAAAGAACUUUGUGCUGGAGAAGGAUGUACGAUAUUUGGAUUCGAGAAUUGCACUGUUAAUCCAGAAUCGCAUGGCACUGGAAGAACAAAAUGAAGUCGCCAGCCACUUAGACGAUUCAGCCGAAAUUCAAGAGGGCGUCUUUCCAAACGACGAUAAAACCCAGAAAUACGGAAACCUCUUGUUCCUCCUCCAAUCCGAACCGCGUCACAUUGCACACCUUUGCCGACUAGUGUCCAUGGCAGAGAUUGACUCAUUACUCCAAACUGUCAUGUUUACCAUCUAUGGUAACCAAUACGAAAGUAGAGAAGAACAUCUCCUGCUGACCAUGUUUCAAUCCGUCCUCACAUAUCAGUUUGACAAUACCCCCGAAUACUCCUCCCUUCUGCGGCAGAACACCCCAGUGUCACGCAUGAUGACAACGUACACUCGACGAGGCCCUGGACAGGCUUACUUGAAACAAGUGCUUGCUGAGCAAAUCAAUUCGCUCAUUGAAUUGAAGGACGUCGAUCUCGAAAUCAACCCCCUCAAAGUCUACGAAACCAUGGUGAAGCAGAUCGAAGAGAAUACGGGAACUCUCCCUGACUAUCUACCCAAGUCAGUCACUGCGGAAGUAGCAGCCGCAAAUGAACAGGUGCAAGCGAUUAUCGCACCGCGCCUGAAGAUGCUGAGCGAUAUUGCCAGUGCCUUCUUAGGUACGAUCAUCGAAGGACUUGAAGAGACACCGUAUGGUAUCCGUUGGAUUUGCAAACAGAUUAGGAGCCUUUCGAGGCGGAAAUAUCCCGAUGCUCAAGACCACACCAUCUGUACCUUGAUCGGAGGGUUCUUUUUUCUGCGAUUUAUCAACCCAGCUAUCGUCACUCCACGAUCUUACAUGCUUAUCGAUGGAACACCGGCUGAAAAGCCUCGCCGGACACUUACUCUUAUCGCAAAAAUGUUGCAGAACAUUGCGAACAAGCCGUCUUACGCAAAGGAGCCAUAUAUGGCCAAAUUACAGCCCUUCAUUCACCAGAACAAGGAGCGGGUCCAUAAGUUCCUAUUGGACCUUUGCGAGGUCCAGGACUUUUACGAGAGUCUAGAAAUGGAUAACUAUGUUGCUCUUUCUAAACGGGACCUCGAGUUGCAGAUCACGUUGAAUGAAGUUUACGCGACCCAUUCCCUUCUUGAGAAACACAGCGCCGCUCUGGUUGCCGACCAGCAUUCCCAUCUUCACCUUUUGCUCCAGGAUCUCGGUCCAGCGCCUGCCCAACUUCCUCGAAAGGAGAAUCGUUCCAUCAAUUUGCCACUAUUCAGCAAGUGGGAAACCCCCAUAGACGACUUGACCGCGGCUCUGGACAUCACGCAAGAAGAGAUUUACUUUAUGGAAGCAAAAUCUACAUUUGUCCAGAUUCUACGUUCGCUACCGCAAAACUCAGCCGUCACUCGCCGGCCACUUCGUUUGGAUCGAAUUGCAGAAGCCGCAGCUACUCUAAAGAACGAUGCCGUCAUGGUGCGAAAGGGAAUUCGGACGAUGGAGCUGUUGAGCUCGCUUCAGGAACUGGGCGUAAUCGACAAAUCAGAUGAUUUCAGCCUUCUUCGAAAUGAAGUCGAGCAGGAACUUGUCCAUUUGGGCUCGUUGAAGGAAAAGGUCAUUGAUGAGACGAAGAAACUCGACGAAGUGUAUCGCACGAUUCGCGAUCAUAACACGUAUCUAGUUGGCCAGUUGGAAACGUACAAAUCGUAUCUCCAUAAUGUGAGAAGCCAGUCGGAAGGCAAGCAGCGGAAGCAGCAGAAACACCAGGAGCUCGGGCCGUACAAGUUUACACAUCAGCAAUUGGAGAAGGAGGGUGUGAUUCGCAGGAGUAACGUUCCAGAGAAUCGACGAGCGAACAUCUACUUCAUGUUCAAGAGCCCAUUGCCGGGGACGUUUGUCAUUAGCUUGCAUUACAAAGGACGCGCACGUGGCCUUUUGGAACUUGACUUGAAACUCGACGAUCUUCUUGAGAUGCAGAAAGACAGCCAGGAAGAUUUGGAUUUGGAAUACGUUCAAUUUAACGUUUCGAGAGUGCUGGCACUGCUGAAUAAACGCUUCGCCCGAAAGAAAGGCUGGUAG